CGCACGCGAGUGCGAGUCCAUCCAUAGUGCUCGCAGGCCAGGACCACGAGUCCACCCAUCCACGCACCCAGUGACGCACGCCGCGAGCGAGGCCGAAGACCGAGGAGCAGAGCCGAUCCCCCCAUCCAUCCCCAACCUGCAGCGUUUCUCCCCACACAAAUUGAGUUGAGAGUUCCCCCUUGAGAUCGAACGAUCGAUUCCGUUUUUGUCUCGCGCUGCUUGGCGAUUUUCGAUCCCCCCAAAGCAGUAGCCGGCAGGUGGGCGGUUGGUGGCGGCACUGAUCCAUCCCCCUCCCCUCCCCUCCCCUCCUACAUCAAAUCCACUGGCCUGGAAUGGCGGCCAAUAAUAGCGGCAGCGAGCCCCCCAUCCCCGAGGACGACGUGAAGCACGAGCCGGAGGCCAAGGGGAAGGCGCCGGCGGCCUCGUCCACCACCACCACCACCACGAUGAACCGCUCCGGCUCGCGCCCGCAGCUCGACCUCAGCGGCGCCGCCAUCCACGGCACCCUCGAGGACCGCAACCCCACCAUCCUGCUGCCCAACCAGUCCGACGACAUCUCCCACCUCGCCCUCGACAUCGGCGGCUCUCUUAUAAAGUUGGUAUACUUCUCACGGCAUGCCGAUCAGCCCACCGAGGAUAAACGCAAGCUAUCCACCAAGAGAAGGCUUGAGAUAUUUACUGGUGCCAGGAGGAGUUACCCGGUUCUUGGAGGGAGGCUCCACUUUGUCAAGUUUGAGACUGGGAAACUAAACGAAUGUUUGGACUUCAUUUCUUCCAAACAACUACACCGGGGCGGAGUUGAUUCACCUUCAUGGCGCUCAGGAGCUCAGCCUGAUAACAUUGUAAUCAAGGCAACAGGUGGUGGGGCAUUCAAGUAUGCUGAUCUCUUUAAGGAAAGAUUGGGAGUCAGUCUUGAGAAGGAAGAUGAAAUGGACUGUCUUGUAGCUGGGGCAAAUUUUUUACUCAAGGCUAUACGCCAUGAAGCCUUUACACACAUGGAUGGCCAAAAGGAGUAUGUGCAAAUUGAUCAGAACGAUCUGUUUCCUUACCUUCUAGUUAAUGUUGGAUCUGGUGUCAGCAUAAUCAAGGUUGAUGGGCAUGGGAAGUUUCAACGAGUAAGUGGAACAAACGUUGGUGGCGGUACAUACUGGGGAUUGGGGAGAUUAAUGACAGAGUGCAAGAGUUUUGACGAGUUACUAGAACUGAGCCAACGUGGAGACAACAGCACCAUUGACAUGCUUGUAGGAGAUAUAUAUGGUGGUCUGGACUACUCCAAGAUUGGCCUUUCGGCGUCAACAAUUGCCUCUAGCUUUGGGAAGACAAUUUCAGAUAACAAGGAGCUAUCUGAUUAUAGACCCGAGGAUAUUUCACUCUCCCUCUUACGGAUGAUUUCAUAUAAUAUUGGCCAGAUCUCCUAUCUUAAUGCACUUCGAUAUGGACUCAAGAGGAUAUUUUUUGGUGGAUUCUUCAUUCGUGGUCAUGCUUACACCAUGGACACCAUAUCUUUUGCAGUACAUUUCUGGUCAAAAGGAGAAGCAAAAGCCAUGUUUCUGCGUCAUGAGGGUUUUCUAGGAGCACUUGGCGCAUUUAUGAGUUACGAGAAGCAUGGUCUUGAUGACUUGAGUGCACAUCACUUGGUUGAGCGUUUCCCAAUGGGUGCUCCAUAUGUUGGUGGGAAGAUUCAUGGGCCUCCUCUGGGGGAUCUCAAUGAGAAGGCAAGGACAUCUAUUUCUUAUAGUUGUUAUCUUUAUGAUUAUGUUGUUUUGAACAUUAAGUUCUGGUCUUUCAAAUUGCCCAACCUAAAGUUAAACCCACAAUAUGAAUCUCGUUCACAUUCGAUAUCAUGGAUGGAGAAGUUUGUGCAGAAGGGUACUCAGAUUACAGCACCUGUACCCAUGGGAGCUCCUGCUACGACAGGCAUGGGAGGUUUUGAAAGGCCUACUUCCAAGGGUGACAUUUUGCGGUCUGAUGCAAGUGCAGCUCUAAAUGUUGGUGUUCUCCAUCUUGUACCCUCAUUGGAUGUCUUCCCAUUGUUGGAAGACCCAAAGACGUAUGAACCAAACACAAUCGAUCUCGACCAUGACGAAUUCAAGUACUGGUUCACCAUUCUGUCAGACCAUCUGCCAGAUCUUGUGGAGAAGGCGGUUGCCAGCGAAGGUGGGACUGAUGACGCGAAACGGCGUGGAGAUGCGUUUGCACAUGCCUUUUCUGCUCAUUUGGCAAGGUUGACUGAGGAGCCUGCUGCUUAUGGGAAGUUUGGUUUAGCCAACCUGUUGGAGUUGAGAGAAGAAUGUUUGAGAGAAUUUCAAUUUUUCGAUGCAUAUGUUAGUAUCAAGCAAAGGGAAAAUGAAGCUUCACUGGCUGUUUUACCUGAUCUACUCAUGGAACUUGAUAGUAUGGAUGAGGAAGAUAGAUUGCUUGCACUAAUUGAAGGUGUCCUUGCUGCGAACAUAUUUGAUUGGGGGUCUAAAGCUUGCGUGGACCUUUACAACCAAGGAACCAUAAUAGAAAUUUAUCGCAUGAGCCGCAAAAAGAUGCAACGUCCUUGGCGGAUUGAUGACUUCGAUACGUUCAAAAGUAGAAUGCUUAAGAAGGAUCAGCCAUACAAAAGAGCACUUAUUUCUGUUGAUAACGCGGGUGCUGAUGUGGUCCUUGGAAUGCUUCCUUUAGCACGAGAAUUUCUACGCCGUGGGGUUGAGGUAGUUCUGGUUGCAAAUUCGUUGCCGGCUUUGAACGAUAUUACGGCUAAUGAACUUCCAGAAAUUGUAGCUGAAGCUGCAAAGCACUGUGGUAUCCUUCGGAAAGCUGCAGAAGCAGGCGGACUGAUAGUCGAUGCUAUGGCUGGCAUCCAAGAUGAUACCAAGGAUGAACCGGCGUCAGUGCCACUAAUGGUGGUGGAGAAUGGAUGUGGCAGUCCGUGUAUUGAUUUCCGGCAGGUUAGCUCGGAGCUUGCAGCUGCCGCCAAGGAUGCUGAUCUGUUGAUCUUAGAGGGCAUGGGGCGGUCACUGCAUACCAACCUGAAUGCCCGUUUCAAGUGCGAUGCUCUGAAGCUUGCGAUGGUGAAGAACCAGAGGUUGGCAGAGAAGCUUUUCAACGGAAACAUAUACGACUGCAUCUGUAAAUUCGAGCCUGUUUCGUGACGGUCCAGAAGACCCGUGGAUAAAUUGCUAUAGAUGGUGUUGUGUUGUACUCAAGAACAUGAAACCACUGUGAUUCUAGCACAGCAGCACCAAAGGUUUAGACAGUGUUAUGUUGUACUCAGUGACCGUGAAAACUCAUUGUGCUAGCACAUGGCAUAUAAGCUAAAAAAAGAUUUAUACUGCA